AUGUUGCAGGACUGCUUUAGAGACUCUGAGGACAAGCCAUAUCUUGUUUACGCUCCUGUAGAAGUAAUUGGUGGCAAGGAACGACUCUUGUGUGCUUACGAUGCCAUCAAGGAUGCGUUUGUUCACGCUGGCUUGGUCGUUGGGUAUAAUAAGGAAAAUCUGAAGUUGCAUGUCACCCUUAUGAGUACACGUUUCAGAACGACGAUGAAGGAGAAACCGUUCGAUGCAAACGCCAUUUUAAAACGGUAUCGUAACAAGGAAUGGGGCGAUUAUCGUGUAAGCGAAGCUCAUCUAUCUGAAAGGGGUAAAUUUGAUAAUGGCUAUUACCGCUGCUGUGCUAGACUUCCUUUCCCCUAA